CAGUAGCAGAAUUGAACGUCUUACAAGACAGCGAUGGCUUUUUCUCUAGAAUUUGAAUAUGGAGGCCACAGGGACAGAUGAAGUAGAAAAGAUAAAAUCAAAGUUUAUGUCUGCAUGGCACAACAUGAAAUACAGUUGGGUGUUGAAAACAAAAACUUACUUCAGUAGAAACUCUCCGGUCUUUCUGCUGGGAAAAUGUUACCACUUCAAAACUGAUGAAUCUGGUGAACUCUCUACCGAUGGGUCCAAUUUUGAUAAAAUCAACACGGAGAUUUCAGGAAAUGUUGAGGAGUUUCGUAAAGACUUUAUUUCUAGAAUAUGGCUGACUUACAGAGAGGAGUUUCCUCAGAUAAAAGGGUCUGCGUUAACAACAGACUGUGGUUGGGGGUGCACACUGAGGACUGGUCAGAUGCUGCUGGCUCAAGGUCUUAUGCUUCAUUUUCUCGGCAGAGGCUGGGUCUGGCCGGAUGCGCUGGACAUUGACAGCUCAGACUCUGAAUCGUGGACAGCCCAUACGGUGAGGAAGCUGACAGCAUCGUUCGAAGCAUCGCUUACAGCAGAAAGAGAACCCAAGAUCCUGUCAAAUCAUCAUCGGGGAACAUUAAAGAGAAACUGUGAUGACAGUGAAAUGAGAAAUGAAAUUUAUCAUAGAAAAAUAAUCUCUUGGUUUGGCGACUCUCCGCUGACAGCUUUUGGCUUACAUCAGCUCAUAGAGUACGGAAAGAAGUCUGGAAAAAUUGCUGGAGACUGGUAUGGGCCUGCAGUCGUUGCACACAUUUUAAGAAAAGCUGUUGAAGAAGCAAGAGACCCUGAGCUACAAGGAGUAACAGUCUAUGUUGCUCAGGAUUGUACAGUCUACAGUUCAGAUGUUAUUGACAGACAGUGUUCUUUUAUGGAUUCUGGAAAAGCAGCCACAAAAGCUGUAAUUAUAUUAGUUCCUGUGAGACUCGGUGGAGAGAGAACGAACAUGGACUACUUAGAGUUUGUAAAGGGAAUUUUAAGCCUUGAGUAUUGUGUUGGUAUUAUCGGUGGCAAACCCAAGCAGUCGUAUUACUUUGCUGGAUUUCAAGAUGACAGUUUGAUUUACAUGGAUCCUCAUUACUGCCAAUCUUUUGUAGAUGUCAGCAUAAAGGAUUUCCCUCUUGAGUCAUUCCAUUGUCCUUCUCCCAAAAAGAUGUCAUUCAAAAAAAUGGAUCCGAGCUGCACGAUAGGAUUUUACUGCAGAACUGUGCAGGACUUUGAGAAGGCUUCUGAAGAAAUAACGAAGAUGCUGAAAUCUUCAUCUAAGGAGAAAUACCCCUUGUUUACUUUUGUAAAGGGUCAUUCUAGAGACUAUGACUUUGCUUCCAGUCCACUCCAUGAAGAAAAUGACCUUUUCUCUGAGGAUGAAAAGAAAAGAUUAAAAAGAUUUAGUACAGAGGAGUUUGUCUUGCUUUAAGGACAUUUUACACAAGAUUAUUGGCAGCUGUCCAGGAGAACACUUGCCUUUUAAAAAAUAAAAAAAAAAAGUAUGUGUCCUCCUCCCCCAAAGAGGCAAGCUGUGCUGAAACUGGUCUAUUUUCAUAAAGAUGAUAAUGUUUUAUAUGUCAAUAGUCUUUAAAAUGUCAUUUAUAAAUGUACUUACUAAUUAUUUUUGUUCACUACUAGUUGGCUGAGUUUAAUGGCACGUUGUGCUGGUGAGGACAGAAGGU